AUGUCUUUCAGAGUAUUCACUCACCAACCUGCAACCCUUCUCCGCCUGGGUCUAGGCAUCGGCAUAGGCCUCUCCGCGGCCACUAUGCAUCCCUUGUCACCCUUCCGGGCCGCCCCAAUGCAAUGCCAGUACGCCGUGCCCCAACAAUCUUUCAAUAAAGAUCCAAACUGGGCUGUCAAUCCCGUCGAAUCUGUAGGACAAAAGCAGAUCCAUUCGCGGCGGAUUGGGCUGUUGAACGCGGAAACUAUGCGCCAGGUUAGUUUGGGCAGUGUCUUGGGGCUUGUUGCUGGUGUUGGGUUGAGGGCGUUUUCGAAGGCUUUGGUUGUAAUUUUGGGGAUGGGAGUUGUUCUGAUUGAGUUCGCUGCGUCCAAAGGGUACAACAUCCUUCCGAUCAACCGGAUUCAAAAAUAUGUUAAGAGCGUUGAUCUUCGUCGCGCUAUGAGUGAGAAACGGCCGUUCAAGAUGAGUUUCGGUGCUGUGAUGGCGAUGGCGGCCUUUGCGAACUUUUAG